CCCACGUUUUACAGGAAGUAAAGAAAUGUCUACAGGAACAACUAGAAGACUUCACUGAAUGAACUGACGGAUAAACCUUCAACACUCACCUCUUCUGCUUCUGCUUCCGACAACGUUUAUCAAGAGUCUCCACCGGAAACGCCUUUUUAUCUCUCAAAGAGAAACGACCCAAAGAAUGGCAGAGAAGGUGCUGGUCACAGGUGGAGGAGGCUACAUCGGGAGUCACUGUGUGGUGGAGCUCAUUGAAGCAGGCUACCAGCCAGUCGUGGUGGAUAACUUCAGUAACGCUGUGCGAGGAGAAGGGAAUGUGCCAGAGAGCAUACGCAGGAUAGAAAAGCUCCUGAAAACCAGCAUUGAGUUUCAUGAACUGGACCUCCUCGACCGCCCCGGCUUGGAAAAGCUGUUCAAAAAGCAUUCCUUCAGUGCUGUGAUUCACUUUGCGGGGCUGAAAGCUGUGGGCGAGUCGGUGGAGAAGCCAUUACUCUACUACAAAGUGAACCUCACCGCCUUCAUGAACCUGCUUGAGGUGAUGCAGGCUCACAGAGUGCACAAUCUGGUCUUCAGCAGCUCCGCCACAGUAUAUGGAGACCCCCAGCACCUCCCCAUAGAUGAGCAGCACCCCGUGGGAGGCUGCACUAACCCCUACGGGAAGACCAAGUACUUCAUCGAGGAGAUGGUCAAGGACCACUGUAAAGCUGAGAAGGACUGGAAUGCUGUGCUGCUACGCUAUUUCAACCCAAUUGGCGCUCAUUGCUCCGGUCAGAUAGGAGAGGACCCUCAGGGUAUCCCUAACAACCUGCUGCCAUAUGUUGCCCAGGUCGCCGUUGGGAGACGAGAGUGUCUGAGCGUAUAUGGGAAUGACUACGACACGAUCGAUGGCACAGGUGUGAGAGAUUACAUUCAUGUUGUGGAUCUGGCAAAGGGACACAUAGCUGCUCUGAAAAAGCUGAAGGAGGACUGCGGGUGCAAGGUUUACAACCUUGGGACAGGAAAAGGCUACUCAGUGCUUGAGAUGGUGAAAGCCAUGGAGAAGGCUUCAGGAAAAGAGAUCACAUAUAAGAUCGCCCCUCGCAGAGGAGGAGACGUAGCUUCCUGCUACGCCGACCCUCGCCUAGCUGAGAAGGAGCUGGGCUGGAAGGCUCAAUUUGACCUGGAAAGAAUGUGUGAGGACCUGUGGCGCUGGCAGUCCAUGAACCCCACCGGAUUUUCUAACGACACUUGCUGACGCAACCCGAGCGGACUGUUGCUUAAAAAUCCUCUUUUAAAAUCACCAAAGGGAACCACCAGCUUCCUCAUUCGCGCAAUGACACAUAAGACCUCAAGAGAAGCUGCAUUGUUUUUAUUUUUGUUAAACUCUAAUGAUUCAGCUGACUACAAGAAGAGUAUCUAAAUGUCUGUUUACUCUUUGCUGUUAGCUCAGACUUAACAACUGAUAUUUUCUCUAUAAAUGUAUUGAUCUGUGAGCCAUAACAAUGAAAGAAUAAAUUAAUUUUCUUACUGAAAAGCUGAAA